AUGUCGUCGAACCAAUCUCCUCAGAUUCCCACUCCCAAGGGCGUUCGGAAUAACAACAACGCCAACAACAACAACAACCAUCGAAGACCGUCGAAGAAGAUGACUACCUCGCAUACACAGAACCCUGCUUUGCUGAGCACCCCGCCAUCUUCGCCGCCGCGCAACAUGAGUCCGGCUGGAGUCAUGACCGAUUCAUCGGUGAAUGUCCAAACAAAGAAAAAGCCUCCACGUUCGGGCAAGAAACCCCAGCCUCGUAAUGGCAAUGGAGUUUCGCCUGCCCCGCAUCAAAAUGGUCACCGACACACCAAUUCGCAGCCCGGCGUGGCGACUCCUGCCAAGGACAGCGCGGUGGCCUAUGCAGGCCCAACCUUCCAUGCCUCACCCGCCCCGUCGGCAUUGCCCAUUCCGAGCUUCUUCUCCAAAUCCUUCCCUGAAUCCGAUCUUGCGCCGACUCUGGAGACCGACAGUGACAAUGCGGAGAUGGAACCCGAUCUUGAAACCACUCCGUCCAAGCCGCGAUCAGCUCGCCCGCAGACUGUGGCCGCCACUCAGACAUCGGCGCAAGCCUCACCUCUUGAUUUCCUCUUCAAGGCUGCUGUACAGGCCCGUAGUUCCAAUACGAUGAGCAGCCCCGAGGCCUCCACCCGAGUGCGCUCGCCGCAGACCGAUUCCAAAGUCCUGCGUUCAAAUCCCAAUCACACACCCGGAGGGAUGUUCCCCAUGGAUCUGGAAACCGAGCGUGCUCGGGCUUCACCAAUCGGUCCUUCAUUUGCUCCCUCGUACCAAGAUCGCAUGAACGCGCUGCGAUCUUCCAGUUCCCCGUCUCAGUCUCCUAGCCCCGUUCUAGGUACUACUACUGAAGACCAGAACCGCCUAAAGACUGAGCAGCUGAAGUACAUGUUGCUGAACCCACGCCCUCAGGACCCACCCUCCUCGUCAACCUCUCCCCCAGCUCAGACUCAGCCGGGCAACUACGAGGCUCCUUACCCUCCUCGACCCAAUAUCAACUCGACCAUUCCUCAUUACGCAACUCCCAUGCGCACGUCCUCGGGUCCUCCAGCUGUUUUAUCACAAGGUUAUCCUCCUGUCGGCCUACCACAGCCAGGGCAUACCGACAACAACCAUCAUAACAACGAUGGCCGUCCUUCGUACCCUUACACCCAUGCCAAUGGCUCCCAGCCGUUCCGGAACACAAACUCGCCUCUGAGACGCGAAGUCCCUGGAACCAAUGGUUACACCAACGGCUACAGUAACGGAUACUACAGUAAUCGUCACUCUUCUGGUCAGUCGUCGCCUGCGCCGCCCUACGGAAACCCUCACUAUGCGGCGACUGCCCCCGCCCCUGUGCCGCACCAGCCCAGCGUCGUUUCGCCACAGCCUCAGUACACCCAGGCAGCGUUUGCCCUGCCAACCAAUUCUCCAUCUCCAUCAACUUCAAAGUCGAUCGACACCAAGAAGAUGGAGGAUGACUUACGGCGAAUCUUGAAGCUGGAUGCGACCCAAGCUUCAGGGCCAGGCCUUCCCUCUAGUGGCAUGCAGAGCUCAUUUGCUGCUUAG